UGCCAAUCAACUAUUAAACCUCAAACAACUCUAUCUAACAAAACUACCAACACCAAACCAACUACCACAUCUUCAACUACAACUACAACUACCAAUACUAUCUACUACUAUCAACCAAACCACCAAUCACAGGGCAAUGCGGCGAACUCAUCGGAGACGUCAAUGGCCACACAGCCGGGCGGUUCGGUGACAUCGCGGGCCGCCUCGGAGACACGCUCAGGACCGCCAGGAUCGAGCAGCGGCGCUGGCGCAACAGGUAAUAGCAGUGGUGGAACUGCUGGUAGUACACACACCGGUGCAAAAUUCCGUCAUGGCCUAUUGCAGCUUAUGAUACACACAAUAGAUCCGCUACAUGAUGAUGAUGUUCCAGGCAAGGUGGACGAGAAGGCGACCCAACUGCAUGCGAUCGCCUCGCUCAAGGUAUUGCUCGAUGCAACGAAACCGCAACGCGGUGGCGCCACCACAUCGGCUGCUAAUCAUGUUAAGAUCAACUUGAAGGAGACCACAUUGGCCGAUCGACCCAAUGGCAACAUUGACACGACACUGGACUCGCCAUCCAUCCAAAGCCAAAGUGGUCGUCGUCCGAGCUGGAUUGAUCAGAGGGUCAAAAUUCAGACACGCAAAUUUAGCAUCAAAGCCAAUGAAAUUGAAGAUGAACCGGAACCAUUGAGCAUGGCUUGGCCCGAUACUGCCCGCAAACGGCUCACCUACAUAUUGGUGGCGCCACUGCUAAUACCCAUGUGGCUGACGUUGCCCGAUACGCGAACACCGCGCGGCAAGAAAUUCUACCCAGUCACGUUCAUCGGCUCAAUACUAUGGAUCGCUGCCUUCUCGUAUCUGAUGGUGUGGUGGGCGAACGUUGCCGGCGAUACGGCACGCAUACCACCCGAGGUAAUGGGUUUGACCUUCCUUGCCGCUGGCACAUCAAUACCCGAUUUGAUAACAUCGGUGAUUGUGGCGCGUAAAGGAUUUGGUGAUAUGGCGGUUUCCAGUUCAGUGGGUAGCAAUAUUUUCGACGUCACUGUAGGUUUGCCUAUUCCCUGGCUGAUAUAUGGCAUCAUCUAUGAUGCACCUGUCGAGGUUAACUCUGUGGGCAUGGUCUGUUCCAUAACGAUACUCUUUAUGAUGUUACUCUUUGUCGUUUUGUCGAUUGCCUGCUUCCGUUGGAAAAUGAAUAGAGGACUCGGUUUUACAAUGUUUUUGUUGUAUUUCGUUUUUGUUGCUGUUUCGUUAAUGUUCGAAUAUGAUACACUCCAAUGUCCAGUGUAAAAUGUGACAAGAAAAUAAGAAGAAGAAAAAAGCAAGAAAUAGAAAAACAAAAACAAAAACAAAACAUAAUAGCAAAAUAGUAAAUAAUAUGAAAUAAAAACUAAUUUAAAGAAUAAUUGCGACCAAAAUGUAGUAAAAAAUAGGUGAUUGAUUGAAAUAGUUUUAAGUAAAAUAAAUAAAAAAUUUAAAAAUUAUAUCAAUAAAAAGGAAAUAAGAAAUUAAAAAAUUGUUAAUAAAUGACAGAAAAAAUGUAAACUUGAGACAUUAGCGAAAAAAACAAAAAAAAAAAAUAAUAAUAGUUAAAAACGAAGUAAAUUUUAAGUUAAAUGAUGAAAACCAAGCGAAACAAACAGGCGGGCAAUUGAUGAGUGUUGCCAAUCAGCUUUCACAUAGCAAACCAACAAAUACUUAUAUACAAGUGCAUAAAAGUUAUAGACUAAGCGUUACUUCAAAACAAAUAUGAAUUAUAUAGCAAACAAUUGUAACUCUUAAAUACUUUCACAAGCUAUAACUAAUGAUAUAAAUAAUGAAAUUGUUAGACUUCGUCUUUUUCACGCGCUCCUCUAUUCUCUCAAAUAUCAAAUUGUAAAGAGUGUUUAUUCAAUUUUAUAGGCGUUUUUCUUUUUAAUUACUAUUAAAAUCAAAAUCAAAUAAUUAUAAUUUUAUUUUAAGUAUGCAAAAUUGCACACCAACAUAUGUUACAUGCAUAUGUAUGUAUUUGUAAACAUAUAUAUGUAUAUGUAUAUAUAUAUGUAUAUAUGUAUUGGGCAAUAUUAUUGAGUAACAAAUCCACCACACCAUUCUUAAUUUAUCGCAUAAGAACUUAAUGUCACAUUCAUGACCAUACGAACGUAUUUCUUUAUGUGCUUUAAAUUGUCAGUACAUAGCUUACAUAUUUGCAUUUUACCGCCAGCCCAAUAAAAAUUGCUUUCACCUAAUUAAUUUGAAUCGAAAAAGCUUUCACAGCUUCGAAAGCUGCAACAUGAAAAGGCUUGUGAUUUUUAUAAUAGCUUUGAAACAUUCAGAGCUGCAACUUCAAUAAAGUGCAGAACUUAAGCUUUCAGCUGUGCGCGCUAAUGCUUACUUACAUACACACACGUACAUACAAAAAGCGCUAAAAAGCUACUUAAUAACGGGAAAAUUUCAAGCCACAUUACCCAGAUUGCUAUGAUUGGUCAACUUUCAUACUAUAGCACACUUUCAAUGACGUAAUUGAAUAUAAUUACGCUGAUGUUGUGUUUCUUUCAGACUUUACAAUUUUAUUUAACAAAACAAAAUGCAAAAAAAAAAAAUUAAUAAUACAAUUUUUCAAAGUGCAAUAAUCAAAAGCAUUUUAUUUGACCAGUAAACCUAUAGAAAAAUAAACCUAAACACACACAUAAAUAUUAAGUUGAUUUAUAUAAAUGCAUACAAAAAAGUAUUUUAACGAAACAUUUUCAAAAAGCUAAAAGCUGUACUAUUUAGAUUUAAUUGGAAAAGAAGCCAGAGUAAACUCCAAAAUUACUUUAUUAAAACUCUACUCAUUUGCUAAGCCAAAUCGGAUAAUAAAAGCUAACUAAACCAAAGAAAACUAAUAUAAGAGAGCAUUAACGAUACGCGCGACCGCCGAAGUGAAGGCAAGCUGCAAAUAAAAUUAAACCUUACUAAAAUACCGUUACUAUUAAGCCACUAGAAACAUAUAUUGUAAAGUUUAACCCUUUAUAUAAAGCUUAAAAACUAGUAAGUUGGCAUUACAUUUAUUAUAUACAUAGAUAUUAGCACUUAUUUACUAUUUCACUGCUCACAUUAUGCAUUGAGCCAACACAUACACUACUAUGUAUCAUACACACGCGCACCCACACGAUUGAUGGAAUACAGAAGGUUGGGCAUGUCGGUGCUAUGAGAUUUUCUCACCAUCAGCUGUUGAGUUUGCUACAGAGUAGUGUCUAUCGCGAUGGAGAGAGUGUCUAUAAUAUUCAUCCCUCUUCUCUUUUCUACACUUCCAAAUACACUAACCUAACCUAACUUUAAUUGAAGUUUACAUGUGUUGGCUGUUUUGCUACUUUCCUCUCUUGUCACGCUCGAAAACAUCUUUAUGGCUAAAUUACUCUGAAAUUGCUCUCUCCACUUCGAUCGUUACACCAUCUCCACAUCCUCAUAUCAUCAGAGCUGCAUUGCUUAAUUUUUAUUUACGUCGAUGCUCGUUUUUCUGCAAACUAUGUAUUGAAUUCAUAUCAGCAAAUCCACGUAUAUCAUUCUGAGAACGCACACAUGUAUGUACAUUCAAACUUUAUCUUUUGGUUGUCGAAUCAAGAUAAUUUUCCUUAACAUCUAUUUUCUUUUAAAACUUAGUAUAGUUAAAAAAAAAACGUAGAACUCCGACGACGUACAGUGUUAAUUUAGCGUAUGCGCAGUUCGUUACAAAAUGUGUUACGAAAUGUUGACGUUUGGUAGCGUUCUUGAAUCAGACGAUGAGUAGCCAUUUUCAGUAGUGGCACUUCAAUUUAUAUAAGAGUCGUUAAUUGACAAUUAUUGUAAUAGCAAAUGGCGCUGCGUCAUUAUAGUUUUGUUGUUUGUAAAUACCACGAUGGCAGUCAUAUUUGUUAUAAAACUGGUAUUUUUGGAAGAAUAUUGAAAAUUUUCACUUCUCAUUACGAAAUCAAAAGACCAAAUAUAGUAGAAGUGAAAUGCUCCACUCUAAAUGCGUACAAUUUCCAAAAUUUCGAGUAACAAAAAUACAGUUUCCAAUAAUUAGUAGCAUCUCUGAGUUCCGACAUCACGCUAACUGUCGCCACAAAUUAUGUUCUGAUACGAAUAUCAUCAACUCUAAUUUUUACCGUAAAUUCUAGUACUAACUUCACAGCCGUGCAAUUUCCUCAGCAAUAUGCAUUUGGCUUUCUGUGAAAUGUUGCUAGCAACAUUGAUAGUCACAUAAGAAGGAACGUCAAAUGAAUGAGCAUCUCCCAAGAUGCAAUUGGCAAAUUUUGGUAAGAAAAGUAUUUCUGAAUAAUCAAAAGAUAUAAAAAAGAUUUACUUACACUCUUUGCGAAGACAUAUUCGAACUCAUGUUACUUCACCUGCGCCUCACUCAGUUUUCGCUCAAUUUCAAACGACAUGUGCAUUUUAAAUAGGUGUGAGCAAAUGUUGCUGGCAUGUUGCGCGUUGUUUUCACGCCAUGAACUGAGUAUUAUUUUGCGGUGAGAUACAUACGAAAUUGCACGCAUAUUUCACGGCAAUGCAAUUCACACGAAACGCGUACUUAGUGCUAUGCGUUACUCCGAAAACUCAGAUACCUGUUACUAUUAUGUAACUCUGCUGUGAGUCUUCAAAUUUUUGACAAUUGGCGGUUUCAAAUUACAUAAUAGCAAAAGGCACAAACAAAGGCACAGUCAAACCACAUCAUAAAAUUGGCUGUAUUUUAGAAAUGAAAUCCAUGCUUGGUACUUUUUCCUAUACAUUUCAUAAAAUUAUGUGGUGACUUGUAAUUCGAUUAAACGCAUCAAAACCACCAUCAAGUGAGUUUUGAAAUUUUUGUCAGCUACGGCCUUUUGCAUUUCCAUUAACUUGCAUGGAGAAACAACAACACCACAGAUUGCUGUAAUAAAAAAGUUACUAAAUCUUGGCGUCGAAAUUUCAUAAUACAUUUGCUUCUGAACUGUGAACAGCCCAAUUGUUAACAAUUUAGCAAAUUAGAAAAUUUGUAAAAGAUAGAAGAAAUUUGUACAAAGUAAAAAAAAAAAUUAAUACAAACCCGUUGAAGUUUUGCAAAAGCGCAAGCAGAUAGUAUUUAAUCUACUUAAAAAUCUAUAGGCAUUUAUGACUUAACAAUGAGAAAACAGCCAUUAAUCUUACUUGCUAUAUCCGAUGUAAAAGCAAAAAAUUUACCCUAUACGAAAAAGCAAGAAAAAUGAGAAAAAUGCAUCGGUAGUAAAAAUAAAAGAUGAUAAUUUAUAAAAAAAGCAAUAAUUUAUUAUAAAUGGAGCAAAACUAACUAAACUACACUAGAACUAAUAAAAGAAAGAUGUAAACUAAAAACAUGUUUCAACUUAAAAACUAUCUGAAAAUUUGAUUCAUUUUCGAUGAACUUGCUAAAAAGAAUUACGCAAAGUAUUGUAUGAAAAUACAAAAAAAACAUUACUUGAAACAACAAAUACGUAUUACACUUUAUAAACUUAGACUAUUUUAAGUAAUGAAAACAUAGAAACUCAUUUUACCUUAAUAAGAAGUCCAAAUAAAAACUAACAACUAUUCAAUUCUAAUAAACAAAAUGUAAACGCGAAAAUCUAAUUCUUUUCUUAUUUUCAUUUUGUUAAUUGACUUAUGGUACUAAAUUACUAUUAAAAUAUAUUAACAAAUUACAAAAAAAAAAAAACAAAUAAAUUCGAAUUCAAAAAUGAAUAAUCUUCCAUACAUUUACCAAAGCAAACU